CAUCUUUAUCAUGGGCGGAAGCAGCCUCGGAGAACCAACCAAUAAAGCUGGCGCGCGAAGUCACGUGCCACGCAUCCUUGACCCAGGCCUCGCCUUCCACGCCGCCCCGGCUGUCAGAUCCAGGAACCCAGUAAGCGGGUUUUUCGGGGCUCCUCCUACCGCUACCAGGGCGAGCCCGCUACGCGGGUCUCCGAGUAGCGCAGGCGCCUUCCAGCCUCCGCGCUUGCGCACUCGGCGACCUCCCGCCCGCACCAUGAAGGUGCUCCGGCGGGCUUGGCGGCACCGGGUGGUGCUGGCCCUGAGUGGCCUGGCGUUUUGCAGCACCACGCUGCUGUAUUUGGCGCGCUGUGCAUCCGAGGGCGAGACGCCCACAGCCGCCGGAGCCUCUCAGCCACGCGCUAAGGCCUUCCUGGCGGUGCUAGUGGCUAGUGCGCCCCGCGCGGUGGAGCGUCGCAGCGCGGUGCGCAGCACGUGGCUGGCACAGGGGAGGCGCGGCGGGCCCAAGGACGUGUGGGCGCGCUUUGCUGUGGGCACCAGCGGCCUGGGCUCAGAGGAGAGGCGCACGCUGGAGCUCGAGCAAGCACAGCACGGGGACCUGCUGCUGCUGCCCUCCCUGCGCGACGCCUACGAGAACCUCACGGCCAAGGUCCUGGCCAUGUUGACUUGGCUGGACGAGCACGUAGACUUCGAGUUCGUGCUCAAGGCGGAUGACGACUCCUUUGCGCGCCUGGACGCCCUACUGGCAGAGCUACGCGCACGUGAGCCUGCACGCCGCCGUCGCCUCUACUGGGGCUUCUUUUCUGGGCGCGGGCGAGUGAAGCCCGGAGGUCGCUGGCGAGAAGCUGCCUGGCAACUCUGCGACUACUACCUGCCCUAUGCUCUGGGCGGUGGGUACAUCCUGUCUUCGGACCUGGUGCAUUACCUGCACCUCAGCCGGGAAUACCUGCGUGCAUGGCACAGUGAAGAUGUAUCGCUGGGUGCUUGGCUGGCACCCGUGGAUGUGCAGCGGGAACACGACCCGCGCUUCGACACAGAGUACAAAUCACGGGGCUGCAGCAAUCAGUACCUGGUGACACACAAACAGAGCCCGGAGGACAUGCUGGAGAAGCAACAGAUGCUGCUUCAUGAGGGCCGAUUGUGCAAGCAAGAGGUGCAAUUGCGCCUCUCCUAUGUCUAUGAUUGGUCAGCACCACCCUCCCAGUGCUGCCAGCGCAAGGAGGGCAUUCCCUGAUGUCACUGCAUGUGCUAGGGCCUCUCUGGACCCAGGUCAAGCUGCCUGGACAAUCUGGCCAAUUGUCUGGGGUGAGCCUGGUUAAUACAAUUACAGUUGAGGCCUUGGGACCUCAGUUCAUUUACUGAUGGCCAGAGGAAGCUAACAGCAUCUAGUCCGUUCCUUGGAGGGUAUGCUCAUUCGUGGUCUUGUGUAAGGCCUGCCCAGGGGCAUCUUGUAUGGGUUUGUACAUUGCAUAUGCACCCCACACACACCCCAGUGUAAUGCCACCUAUCAGCCGUCUGGGGUGUGAGGGCAGGGGGCCUUCGCCCUUGAUGAGUUUAUAGUACUGCUUUCUGUCCCUACUUGCGAUGUGCAGCUCACUGCGCUUUUUCGCAGACUGUUGGAUUCAUCUGUGUAUUGCCAUCAAAGUGUUACUUGCCAAAAUUGUCAUUGUAUUGUUUGGACAAAGUUCCAUUCUGUUGUGUCUCCCGUUUUUAUGCUUUGUCAUGUACAAGUCUGAGAUUUGACUUGAUUUUCAAGUCAGCUAGCUUAGAGAGUAUUUUGUCUCUGAAGAUAGUUUGGUAAAUGUAAUUCAGUUUGCUUGAAAACUAUUUAUAAAUAUUGUAAAUUUGUGUAGAUAAGAUUUUUAAGUUGAAAGCUUAACUUGUGUGGUGGUGCACAACUUUAAUCCCAGCACUCAGGAGGUAGAGGCAGUUAGGUCUCUGAGUUCAAGGCCAGCCUGCUCUGCGGAGAGAGUUUCAGGACAGUCAGGGCUACACAGAAAAACCUUGUCUCAACCUCCACACCACCCCCCAAAAAUAAUUUGAGUAUGUGCAAGUCUUAAUUUUUUUUAACUUUUUAAGAAAAAUACUUUAAUGUCAAAACUUGUAUCUGUGUAUUAAUCUAUCGACACUCUGAGUGGCCAACCAGUUGCUGGGCAUAUUUAAAACAUAGAAAAUUAUUUCAACUGUCCAUUUCUCUUUCAGGUCUCCUAAUAAGUCCCUUUGUUUUUGUUUUUCUGAAUAGACCACUUUUAAGGCUUUUCAGAGAGCAUGAGCUUAUGACUUUAAGGCAGUUGGCAACUAGGAUGUCCACACAAAGUUUGUCUUUCAAAUAUGCUUGGUUUGUUCACACAAACAUUCCUAACGAUAUCUAAGUUAAGGCAGAAGCAGGUGGAUCUCUGGGAGUUCAAGGCCAAUUUGGUCUGCCUAUUGAGGAAACCUGUCCCAAAAAAGAAAAGAAAAAAACCCAGAUGUCUCACCAAGCUGGGACCAGUUGUUUGGGCAGAAAUGCUGCUGCAGGUUCCAUUGAGGAAUCUCCAGUGAAUACAUUUCUGAAGCGUUCAUGCUUGACCGCUGCUCACUGUGCCGUCCCGUCCUUCAGUUGUGGUAGACAGAGGAUGGCACCAGUCAAAGUCCAGGAGAUCCUUGAGAGCGUAAGCCGAUGGCCAGCACUAACAGGCAGGCUUGAGGGGCCAAGCAUCAGUGGUCACUGAGGCCAGGACCACAAAGAGAGUCUUGAGUCCUCUUGGUGUCAACACAAACUAUAGAAGCCUCUCACAGGAACAGUGCGAUCCUACAGACCGUUUCCAGACUUCUGAUUUUUGUAUCAUUUCACUGGGUAGCCGCUUUGGACUAAGGGGUCAUUGGCAUACCAUCCCCACCUUGGGGUUAGCUCAUUAGCAUAUCACGACCUGUCCUGAAUUAGGCUUGUAUGUGGACUGCCAGGGGGCUUGCUUCUGAGGCCUGGGUCUUAUCAAAGCUAUCUGGUGGCAAACUCAAGCAUAUUAUUUCAAGCUCCUAUCUUUAUAGUAUGGGAUCAAGUUUUGUGGCCUGUAAGGGUCAGAUUAGGAGGCCUAAUACACUUUCUGUAGUGAUCCUGAAGAAGGGAUGAGCUGGCCUGUCUAGAAUUGUUCUUAGAUAGAGUCUGUGAGAUGCAGUGGGGCUUAAAGGGGUCAUGCCCUCUGUGGCAGCAUGAAUAAGAAUGACCCACAAAGGUCCAUAGGGAGUGGCACUAUGAGGAGUUGUGGCCUUGUUGGAGAAGGUGUGGCUUUGUUGGAGGAGGUGUGUCACUGGGGGGGAGGACUUUGAGAUUUCAGGAGCUCAAGCCAGUUCACUUCCUGCUGCCUGCAGAUCAAGAUGUAGAACUCUCAGCUACCUCUCCAGCACCGUGUCUGCCUGCAUGCCACCAUGCUUCCUGUCAUGAUGACAAUGGACUAAACCUCUUAACUGUAAGCAAGCUCCAAUUAAAUGUUUUCCUUUAUAAGAGUUGCUGUGGCCAUGAUGUCUCUUCACAGCAGUAAAACCCCUGACAUCCUCACAAGACUGGUGGCUUCUUAGAGAUGAUAAUAGCAGGACCAAGACUCAUACCAACCAUUUUCUCAUGGGAUGUUUCACCUGAACUUGAAAUUGCUUGAGGAUUGGUUAAAUCUCUGUCCUUCAGAUGAAGAGAUGAGCUUGAAGGGCCAUGAAGAGACUGAACAACAUGGAGGGCCAUGUGGCCAUAGGUGACCAGGACCCAAGCUAAGUGCUCCAGACGACUGCACAGAAAACAUGGCACAGGUCCCAAAAUAAAGGGUAAAAAGUCUAUAGACUCUAUGUAGGCUGUAGAGGUGAUUCAGUCAAUAAAGUGCUUUCCACAUAAUUAUGAAAACCAGAGUUUGACCUCUACCCCUAGCACUCAUGUAAGCCAGGUGUAGCCAUGGGCUUGUAACCCAAUAUGAGGGGAGGCAGAAAUAAGAAUGCUCCUGAGUCUUACUGGCCAGCCAGGCUACAAGUGAUCCCUGGGUACCAGUAUCAGA